GCAACCGAUCGACCAAAGAAAGAACUCAGCAGCUAUAACCUCCGGAAAAAGAAGGAAAAAAAUAAGAGAUAUAGAAGUGAUGGAGAAGAGACUAAAGGGAAGCGAUGGUGCAGCUGUGGUAGCCUCUCCGGCCGCGCUGAUGGGAUCGAGAGAUGAUUAUGAUGAGAUGGGUGCCAGCAUGCGUACGGCCGAGACCUUACUGCGUCUGGUGCCGAUGGCUUUGUGUGUCUCUGCGCUUGUAGUUAUGCUCAAAAACUCUCAGUCCAAUGAGUUUGGCUCACUCUCUUACUCGGAUCUUGGAGCUUUCAGAUACAUAGUGCAUGCAAAUGGCAUUUGUGCUGGUUAUUCUCUCCUUUCAGCUGUCAUCGCUGCCAUACCUCGCUCCUCCACCAUGUCGCGAGCUUGGACCUUCUUCUUUCUCGAUCAGAUCUUAACAUACCUAAUUCUGGCUGCGGGUGCGGCGUCCACGGAGGUGCUAUACCUGGCCUACAAGGGAGAUGAAUCCAUCACCUGGAGUGCAGCCUGUGGAUCAUUUGGGGGAUUCUGUUACAGGGCCACGGCAGCUGUAAUCAUCACGUUUGUAGUAGUUGUUUUCUAUGGAGUGCUUUCUCUGCUCUCCUCUUACAAGCUUUUCAGCAAUUACGACGCCCCUGUUGGCUACACCAGCAAGGGAAUUGAGAUUGCAGCCUUCCAUGGUUGAUUAAUUACAUGUGUUUUUGGUUAAUUUCUGCUUUAGUUAAUUGGCUAUAAUAUGUGUGUGGUAACGUAAAAGACAUGAAAAAACGAGUCCAGGUUAAAACUUGGACAUUAGCAAAUAAAGUUAAUAUAUAUAUUUUUAUAAAUAUUGCAUAGUUUU